AUGUCUGUGAGAUCCCCUGGCCGGUCACCCCUCCCUUCUGACGAUCGAGCUCCGUCGCGUCCUUUGCGCUCGAGAUCUCGAGACUCGCGACCCCGAAGCGUCACCCGCAGUCCAUCUCCCGAUGCAGGUCGCCGUGACCGACGCUCACGAAGUGACUCUCGAUCCUCUUCCCGCGGCCGCAGCAAAGGUGCCCGCCGCUAUCGAAGCCGCAGUUACAGCCGUUCGCCUAGUCGAGACCCAAGUCCUCCCAGGAGCGCAAAGAUUGUGGUAGAAAAAUUGACCAAAAAUGUGACGGAGGCGCACCUACGAGAGAUAUUCGGCGACUUUGGUGAUAUUGAACAUCUCGAUCUUCCCAUGAAUCGAGCCUUUAAUACAAAUCGAGGUACCGCCUAUAUCGUAUACUACGACCCUGCAGAUGCCGAAGCAGCGAUUGCCCAUAUGCAUGAAGCCCAGCUUGACGGUGCGAUUCUCAAUGUUUCCAUUAUUCUUCCUCGGCGCAACUUUUCACGGUCCCCACCACCGUCUACUCGAGCGAAUGGAGGUCGACCCAAAUUUGGCAAAGGUUCAUAUGCAAACUCUCCCCCAAGGAGACCAGCUCGUGCACGCCCCGCCGAGCGGGGUGAUACGUACCGACCACCAUCGUUCUCGCGGUCACGAUCACCACGACCAAAAGGAAGCACUCGCCCAGAAAGCCCCCGUCAGAACCGUCGGCGAAGUCCUAGUUACAGUAGCUACAGCUACACCAGCCGGAGCCGGAGUCGGAGUCGGAGUCCGAACAGAAGCCGGAGCAGAAGCCGAGCCAUGAAUCGAGACUAA